AUGUUGAGCAAUUGUGAGGCGUUGGAUUCCCCGGUGUUCAUGAUCGAUGCAUCGGGAACGCGCACUCCAGCAGCAGGACGAGGAACUCUCUUUGCCGAAUUCAAACUCGCCGAUGGCACGACUUCCAAGAUUUCCAUCUCGGACGUCCUUCACGUCCCCAACUUCGUCGUCAACCUCAUCUCGGGACCCACGUUGUGCAAACAAGGAGUCCGCAUCGAGAUGGAAAACGAGGGGAGGAGCCAAGAACGAUCCACGAUAGACCUCAAGGCGGUAGAGGUGUCGGGCUCGUAUCGGACUCUCUCUCUCAAAAAAAAAGCAGAGACCCGAAAACCCCCAAGUUCGUAA